AUGUUGCUCGCAGCUAGCCCACUCCGUUGCUGCGCAGCAAAGGAAGCGAUCAAUCGUCAACCGAUCUCUCGAUCAGCUGACAAUCAGCCACGGGCGACCAAAACUGAGUUGGCUUACCGAUCUAACGACUGCCAUUGUUGCCCAUGCUCUGGUGUUGCUCAUCCUCUCGAGUCGCCCGCUUGUGGGCUACCAGCCGAAGAAAACAGCAGAGCAGAGAUAAAGAACAUCUGCUAUCGGCAACGAAGGAGAAAAGAAGUCGUCUACGACGAUUGCGUACUCGAGGACUCCUUGUCCCAAGGUGACUGGCACAUCGAGGAGGACCCAAACGUGGACUACGAGAUGCUGCUCAGAGGAUUACGAGCCUGUGCUGAACGUGCCUCGAAGCCGCGCACGACAAGCUUGGAUCGAAUUUCGAAGACCACCAAGGAAUUGUUGGAAAGAAGAAGGGCUUUGAGGCUUGAUCCGAAUGCAUCGCACAUUGAGCGGUUAGUAGCAAACACUAGCUGCAGAGAGGCGUUGCAGGAGGAUCUUUUGAAGUACAGGCAGAAGAAGAUUCUAGAAGCAGCACAAAGAAGAACGAGUCUAAAGAAGUGCCGCAGGGACCUCCGCGAAUAUAAUAUUCCGCUAGCAACCUUGCUGAGCGAAGACGGGACUCGCACGUCUUCUCGUCGUGAGAUGGAAAUCAUAACGGAGAGGUUCUACUCGAAUCUUUUCCGUUCAUCAACUCCUGUGUCAAGCCCGAUCAUCCCCACUGGCGAAGCUCCACCACGGAUUCUCCCUUCGGAAGUACGAGUCGCUAUCAAGAGCAUGAAACCUGGCACAGCCCCCGGACCUGAUUUUAUAUCAGCAGACUUUCUUCGGGCUGGUGGCCAUCCGCUUCAUGUAAUCUUAGCAGCGCACAUGACAUCCUACCUUCAGAGAGAAAGGAUCCCAGACCAGUGGAAGACCUCGCGAACCGUUCUUAUCCAUAAGAAAGGUGACCGAAAGGACCUUCGGAACUACCGUCCGAUAUGCUUGCUGAGCGUGUUAUACAAAGUAUUCACCAAGAUCAUCCUCACCCGCAUAUCUAGGACGCUGGAUGAAGCCCAGCCUCAAGAACAAGCUGGAUUCCGCCAGGGGUUCAGCUGCUUGGACCACAUCCAGACCGUGUCGAAGGUCAUAGAGGUUUGCCGGGAAUACCGCCUGCCCCUUGUUCUAACCUUCGUCGACUAUGAGAAAGCCUUUGACAGCGUAGAAACGAAUGCAAUACUGUCAGCGCUGGUCGACCAAGGUGUGGACGCGUCGUAUGUGAGGACAUUAGCCCAUUGCUACGAUCGAUGCACGACUAGGAUACAGCUUUUCCACCGCCUUCUCACCAUACCCAUUGGAGAGGGGGUACGACAAGGCGAUACUAUAUCGCCGAAGCUGUUCACAGCUGCAUUGCAAUGGAUAAUGAAAUCACUAUCCUGGGAGGAAAGGGGCAUACGUGUUGAUGGAAGAUUCCUUUCGAACCUUCGUUUCGCGGACGACAUCGUUCUCUUUUCGAGCAGUACCAAUGAAGCAGAAACGAUGCUCAACGAAACUCAACGAGAGAAUAGGACUACGAAUAACCAGAAAGAAGACACAGUUCAUGAAAAACGCCUACUGCGAGGACGGAGGAGUACAACUUGA